AUGCGCCUAAACGCGGACCUGAUCGCGCGCAGCCCGGCGUACCUGAACGCGCUCAAGGACAGGGAGCUCGACCUGCGUGGCAACAAGAUCUCGGCCAUCGAGAACCUCGCCGCGUGCCAAAACCAGUUUGACAGCAUCGACCUGUCCGACAACGAGAUCCGGAAGCUGGAGUGCAUGGCGGUGCUGCCGCGCCUCAAGAUGCUGCUGCUCGCUCACAACCGCAUCAGCCGCCUCGCCGAGCGGCUGUCCGAGGCCUUCCCCGGCCUCGAGACGCUCGUGCUGACCGACAACUCCUUUGCGCAACUGUCGGAGCUGUCGCCGCUGGCGGGGCUUCCGUCGCUGACAAGCCUGUCGCUGGUGGACAACCCGGUCACCAAGCAGCAGGGCUACCGCCACUAUGUCAUCGCGAGACUCCCGAAGCUGCGCGUCCUCGACUUCAAGCGC